AUGGCUGGGGAACUUCGGAUGGAGCAGGAUCUCAAGCUGAACAGCGAGUGGGCCGGCUUCGAUCUCAUGAAGCUUGGUGGUCAGUUCACUCCGAAGAUAUACUGGCGCGGCGACAUCGUUUUGGUAUCUGGUUGCAUCACCACGGUUGCGCCGAUGAAGAAUCAGGCGGGCUGGGAUCUGACAGUCUGUUGGGUGGAUCCACGCGGGUCGCCGCCUAGCAACAUCUCACAUCUGGCUCCGACAGCGAUGUCCAGGUACGAGGGUAUCUACCAGUGCGGUACCAGCAUGAUGUUGAGGAGUGAUGGCCGGAUAACAAUCAAUUUCAGCAAGAGCACCAACCCGAUGGUGCUGCACUUCUCAGGCCUCGCAUGCGUGAUUUCGCAUGAGGAGCCCAUCCCUAUUCCGAUAGCACAGUAUGCGCUGCGAGACUGGCUCAUGCAGAUGUCCAAGUCGAAGCCGCAGGAAGGGCAAGAGGAUUGGGCACUGCACCCUGAAGAGAGCAAUCCUCCAGCACUGCGGAAAUGUGGUAGCUACGUUUUCUUGCAGGGGGAGCUGCAGGAGGCUGUCUACGGCCCGCUGGCACAGCACGUUGCCUUGCUGCCAGAGGGCUUCAGGCCGCGACGCGAGAUCCGCUGCUUGGCGAGCCUCCUGCGUCAAGAGGACGACGUCGUGGAGCACUCGGUGGCAUUGACGAUACGCCCCAACGGGACCAUCUCCGUACAGGGCGGAAAGGUGCACAUGGUGGACGCGAAGGGAAACAUGCGGGUCCUCCAGCAGAAGAAGAAGGGCCGGCUCUGCUUGAGCGGUGUGCGCUUCUCGUUGAUCGACGGCGUCCCCGUCCAGCCGUCGCACCUGCUGCAGCAGGCGUCUAAGGACAAGGCGGACCUCGCGUCCGGAAAGCAAAAAGUGGACUACCUGAUGGGCACCGCCACCAACAAGACGCAUCGUGACCGGGGCUGCCAUGCGGCAGGGCGACCUGGUCAUGUUGGAGGGCCACCUGGAGUGGUCAACGGCUCGCCCCCCAAACUCGAAGCAGCCCCUGGCCCAGCUGCCGCAGGGCUACUGGCCGCCCCACCGGCAGUGCUUCUUCACCCGCGGGGGCAGCGACCUGGAGGAGAGGCGCCGCGUGGACGUGGACCAGUACGGCCGCAUCUUCUGCCCCGAGGGUGCGAAGGGGGGCCGCAUAGAGCUCACGGGCAUCCUCUUCGUGGCCGCCGGGAAGCCGCCGGAGCCCCCGCGCCCGCGGGACCCCGACUGGGACGACCUGAAGCUGCAGUACCAGCGGAACGAGGUGAACUUAAGUCGGGCGUGUCCUUCUACAGGAGGACUGUGCAAAAGUAG